UUCGUCUUCGUCCGCUACGGUCGGGUUUUGGUUGCAGUAAAAAAAUAUUCAUCAGGUGUUCAAUAAAUAAAACUGCUAUUUUACUUUUCGUUAGCUGACAGUUUUGUUAAGUGCCUCGUUUUGGUGUCUUUCAAGUAGUAAUCUCAUUCAGUGUUGUCUAUUCAAGAUGGUUCUGAAGUCGAACAAGAUGUACGUCUUCAAGCGAGAUGGGCGGAAGGAGGAGGUCCAUCUGGACAAGAUCACCUCCAGAAUUCAGAAGCUGUGCUAUGGAUUGAAUAUGGAUUUCGUCGACCCGGUGGCAAUAACGCUCAAGGUUAUCAGCGGGCUCUACUCAGGUGUGACGACGCAGGAACUAGACAAUCUGGCCGCGGAAACUGCUGCAACGAUGACUACGGAUCAUGCCGACUACGCGAUACUGGCUGCCCGGCUUGCUGUGUCUAACUUGCAUAAAGAAACAAAGAAACAGUUUUCCGAGGUUAUGCACGAUUUGUUCAUGAUGGAAAACGAAUUCCUUAAAACCAAGUCACCAAUGCUUUCGGAAAUGCACUACAAAAUCAUCAUGGACAACGCGGACCGGCUGAACUCGGCCAUCAUCUACGAUCGCGACUUUGGCUAUAAUUAUUUCGGCUUCAAAACGCUCGAACGGUCGUACCUCCUGAAGAUUAAAGGCAAGAUCGUCGAGCGACCUCAGCACAUGCUGAUGCGCGUUGCCAUCGGCAUCCACGGCGAGGACAUCGAUGCAGCGAUCGAAACGUACAAUCUGCUCUCGGAGCGAUACUUUACGCACGCCUCGCCGACCAUGUUUGCGGCGGCCACGCAGCGGCCGCAGCUGUCGUCCUGCUUUCUUCUCACGAUGUCGGACGACAGCAUCGAGGGCAUUUACGACACGCUGAAGCAGUGCGCCCUGAUAUCCAAGUCCGCCGGAGGCAUUGGCCUGAACGUGCACUGCAUCCGGGCGAAGGGAACGUACAUCGCGGGCACGAAUGGCAUCUCCAACGGGUUGGUUCCGAUGCUGCGCGUCUACAACAAUACGGCCCGUUACGUUGACCAGGGCGGCAACAAGCGUCCCGGUGCGUUCGCCAUCUACCUCGAGCCGUGGCAUGGCGAUGUGUUCGAGUUUCUCGAUCUGAAGAAAAACACCGGCAAGGAGGAGGUCCGUGCGCGCGACAUGUUCUAUGCCCUGUGGGUGCCGGAUCUGUUCAUGAAGCGUGUGGAGGCAAACGAAAUGUGGAGCCUCAUGUGUCCGCACGACUGCCCCGGGCUGUCGGAGUCGUGGGGAGAGGAGUUCGAGCGGCUGUACACGGGUUACGAGAAGGAAGGCCGGUUCAUUCGGCAGGUGAAGGCCCAGGAUCUGUGGUUCGCGAUCAUCGAAUCACAAGUCGAAACGGGCGUGCCGUACAUGCUCUACAAGGAUGCAUGCAAUCGCAAGAGCAACCAGCAGAACGUGGGCACCAUCAAGUGCUCCAACCUGUGCACGGAGAUCGUCGAGUACUCGUCAAAGGACGAAAUAGCGGUGUGCAAUCUGGCGUCGAUUGCGCUUAACAUGUUUGUGCGGCCGGAUCAUACGUACGACUUUGUGAAGCUUAAGGAAGUCGCGAAGAUCGUCACGCGGAACCUGAACAAAAUCAUCGACAUUAACUACUACCCGGUGCCGGAAGCGAAGCGUUCCAACAUGCGCCACCGGCCGAUCGGAAUCGGUGUGCAGGGAAUGGCCGAUGCGUUUAUUCUCAUGCGCUAUCCGUACGAAAGCGAGGACGCGCAAAAGUUGAACCAGCAGAUCUUUGAGACCAUCUACUACGGCGCUUUGGAGGCAAGCUGUGAGUUGGCAGCCCGCGAAGGUCCGUACGAAACGUACGAGGGCAGUCCGGUGAGCAAGGGAAUCCUGCAGUACGACAUGUGGGACAAGACUCCGACGGACCUGUGGAACUGGGCGGAGUUGAAGGAGAAAAUCGCCAAGCAUGGCGUGCGCAACUCGCUCCUGCUGGCGCCCAUGCCGACCGCCUCCACGGCUCAGAUCCUGGGCAACAACGAGUCGUUCGAACCGUACACCUCGAACGUCUACAAUCGGCGCGUGCUGUCGGGCGAGUUCCAGGUGGUCAAUCACCAUCUGCUGCAGGACCUGACGGAGCUGGGCCUCUGGGAUGACGACAUGAAGAACAAAAUCCUCGCACACAACGGUUCGAUACAGCGGAUCGAGGAAAUUCCGCAGCACAUCCGCGACUUGUACAAGACGGUGUGGGAGAUUUCGGUAAAAACAUGCAUCAAAAUGGCCGCCGACCGUGGUGCGUUCAUCGAUCAGUCCCAGUCGUUUAACAUUCACGUGGCCGAACCGAACUACGGCAAGCUGACGUCGAUUCACUUCUACGGCUGGAAGAUGGGCCUGAAGACGGGCAUGUACUAUCUGCGCACCAAGCCGGCAGUGAACGCGAUCCAGUUUACGGUGGACAAAUCGAAACUGUCGCAGAGUGUCGCCGCCGCCAACCAGUCGGCGAAUAACAUCAGCCGCAUUACCAACGGCGGUGGAAGUCCCGAUUCGUCGCCGCCGCAGCAACGGUCGCUGAUGAACGGAAGCAGCAGUACGCCAAGACGUGGCGCCGAUGGCCAGCAGCAGCAGCCGCAGCAGAACGGAUCGUUUGCGGAGCGUGAUCGACGAAUGGCGGAGAUGGUGUGCUCGCUGGAGAACAAGGACGAGUGCAUGAUGUGUGGAUCGUAGAACGGUACACCAUGAUUUUAUUAGGCUUAAUUAUUUGUCACCCAUUUUACUAUCGUUCAUUUUAAGAGAUAAUAAUUUCAAUCUAAUCCAAAUAUAUGUUUCAAACCAAA